AUGUAUAUGGUGUCUGUAAAUGAAACCAAGUCAUACACUGAUUCUGCUGUAAACACUCUGUCCAGCAUUCCAGAUGCUGUCUAUGUGCUUAGAGCAGGGAUCAGCAAACUACUUCUGCAGAAGCUUAAUAGGAAAUACUUUGGGCUUGGCAGGACCUGUUGUCUCCAUCACCCUGUUCAGACUGCCGUUGUAGUGGAGAGCAGUCACAGACAACACAUGGAUGGGUGUGCCUGUGUAUCAAUACUGCUUUCUUUCGCGACGCUGAAGUCUGAAAUUGUGAAUCUGUCAUGCCAUAAGAUAUUAAGCUUCUUUGACUUUUAA